GAUUCUAUAUUCACAGGUCAAGACUUCAGUAAACGGAAGAAACAUGCAAACAAACGGCGUGCCUUUGAGAGGAAACUAAUGGCUAAUCGUGCGCUCAUAGCGAAACUGGAGCAAACGAUGGCAACCACUACGGCCAACCUCAACGCACACAUUAGUAAUAAUAUGAACAGAGAUAAACCACCGGCGGCACAGCCACAGAACACGCCUUCAGCGGAACAAACACAGACACCAACACCGACACAGACACAGACAACGGGCGAUAGCGGGACACCGAAGGCUGAUAUUAGUAUAGAAGACCGCGACAGUACCGUUUUGCCGAACGGAGACAAUGAGGAUGUCGCAGGCAGUAAUAAUAGUAGAAAGAAUAAGAAGAAUAACACAAGCAGUGGGCAACCAAAUGCCAGCACGAGCACCCAGGCUGAGACGAGCAGGAGUGUCGAGCAAACACUCAACACACAGAAUGAUACGGGUGAAGGGGGGGAAACACACGCAGACACGGAUGGCGUGCAAACACAGGCACAACAACAACCACCACAACAACAACCACAACCACAGCAACACCAACCACAACAACAACAACAAAGGUCGGCUAAGGAGAAGACCAGGAAUACGCCGAGGAGUAGGAAGGCAAUCGCUGCAGAUGCCAAUGGAGAUGGCAAGUCUGUGAAGGCGGUGCCCAGUAAAAAUAAGAACCAGACACCGUCACAAGCACAACCACACACUCGCACACAACCACAGCCACCAAGAGACGCGCGCGGGGAUGCGAAGGAGGGGGCAGAGGCUGCACAAGCCCCGGCACAGGAGGAGGAGCCACCGCCCGUUAUCCUGACACCGAGCAAGGCGUAUGUGGCGUUUGUGAAGAACAUACCGUCACACUACGAACAGAGCAACCUCACGCGUAUAUUCAAAGACUGCAAGGUCAAGCACGUGUCACUGAACACGUCGAAUGGAACGGCGUUUGUAACGGUGGAGAACGCGGAGAUGCUCGAGAAAGCAUUGAGCAUCAAUGUGCAGGUGAGUAUCGGCCGAUUCCUGGUCGUGUCUGAGGCCAGGGGCAAAAGGCCCAGGAUCCAAUCCGGUGGCAGCAGAGGAGGGCGCAAGCGAAGCGGUGGCGAGCGAAGUUCCAUACCCGUACCCUGUCGAUACUUUGCUUCAUUAGGAAAAUGCAACAAGGGCAACGAGUGCCGGUAUCUGCACUGAGCCGUUUUCACGGUGCAACCUUUGUGGUAGUUUGGUUACACAGCAGGUGCAUUGCACACCAUUCUACAUUAAAACCACCGCUUGGGGGCGGGCACCUACAACACGUUUUCCGAGUUGAUAGAAUGAUUUCCAUACGGCUGAUAUUGAGUGAAUAGAAAUGCUACGAACAACUGCGGCGUUAUACGGGAAACUAUAUACCGUUAUGAUGGACCGUGGUAGUUUUGGUAGUGGGCGAGAAUUAGUAAUCGCACAAGUAAAUGUAUGAGUUGUG